UGUUACAAAUAGAAACAAAGAAAUUCUUCUUUGAACCAUCCUUUGUAUGUAUCUAUAUUUUAUAUAUAAGAUUUACAUAAAGUAUUAUAUUAUAUAAUAUAGUUUUCUUAAGUUAAUCUUGUCUUUAAUUUUGAAUGGCAAAGUUGUGUGUUCUUGCUGUGUCUGUUGUGUUCUUGGUUUCUCUGUUUAUUCAUGGAAAAAUAGCCAUAGCUUCAAGAAUUCAAGAUUCAUCAUCAGAAGGAGAAGAUUGGGGCUAUGUUGAAGUUAGACCCAAAGCACAUAUGUUUUGGUGGCUAUAUAGAAGUCCUUACAGAGUUGAAAAUCCCUCUAAGCCAUGGCCAAUCAUUCUUUGGUUGCAGGGUGGACCUGGAGCAUCAGGUGUUGGUAUAGGGAAUUUUGAGGAGGUUGGUCCAUUGGAUGUUAAUCUAAAGCCAAGAAAUUCAACAUGGCUAAGAAUGGCAGAUCUCUUGUUUGUGGAUAAUCCAGUUGGUACAGGAUACAGUUAUGUAGAAGAUCAAAAUUUAUUUGUGAAAACUGAUGAAGAGGCAGCAACUGAUUUAACUAUAUUAUUGGAAGAAAUAUUUAACAAAAAUUCAAGAUUACAAAAAAGUCCUUUACAUAUAGUAGCAGAGUCUUAUGGAGGUAAAUUUGCAGUCACUCUUGGAUUAUCAGCUCUUAAAGCUAUUGAAUCUAGAAAGUUGAAGAUGAAACUUGGAGGAGUUGCAUUGGGUGAUAGCUGGAUCUCUCCUGAGGAUUUUGUGCUUUCAUGGGGUCCUCUUCUCAAAGAUGUAUCAAGACUAGACAACAAGGGGCUACUAAAAGCAAAUAGUUUAGCACAGAAGAUUAAGCAGCAAAUUAGUGGUGGCCAAUAUGUUGAGGCAACAAGUUCAUGGGCUAAUCUUGAAGGGGAAAUUAGCACUUCCAGCAACUCUGUGGAUUUUUAUAAUUUUCUAUUGGAUAGUGGAAUGGACCCGGUAGCUCUAUCAGCAUCAGAAUUAUCACAAGUGACAGCGUUAAAGAGAUACAUGAGAUACUUAAAAUCUUCAUCUCCUGCUGCCAAUGAUGGUGAUAUUGAUACCUUCAUGAAUGGUGUCAUUAAAACUAAGCUUAAAAUUAUCCCUACUAAUGUCUCGUGGGGAGGACAAUCAAAUUCGGUUUUCAAUUCUCUUGAAGGAGAUUUCAUGAAACCGAGAAUUAGUGAGGUUGAUGAGCUUCUAGCUAAAGGUGUCAAUGUGACUGUAUACAAUGGACAACUUGAUGUCAUCUGUUCAACCAAAGGAACUGAAGCUUGGGUUGAAAAACUCAAGUGGGUCGGGCUUCCAAAUUUCUUGAACAUGGAGAGAACACCUCUGUACUGUGGUGAUGAUAGCCUGACCAGAGGAUUCACAAAGUCAUACAAAAACCUACAUUUUUAUUGGAUUCUUAAAGCUGGCCAUUUUGUACCAGUAGACCAACCCUGCAUAACAUUGAAUAUGGUGGGGGCUAUGACACAGUCACCGGCAGCAACAACAGUAUCAACUUCUUCCUCAUAAGAGUAAAAAGUUAAAAAUUAGAGGACAUAAAUUGUUUGCAAAAUUGUAAGCAAAACAUGAAAAGAGUUGAUGGGAAAUAUUUUUACUAUUAACCAAAGCUGAUUCAGAUGGAGAAUUACACAAGCAAAAGGAUACAGUUUUAAAAAUA